CCAAAAUAUCGUUAUUUUGAUUUCCUUUUAUUGUUAUAUAUCAUAGUGUAAUUUGUGUGAUCUAUUUUUCAAUUAAUACACGAUUACCUUUUGUAAAAAAAAAAAAAUUGAUAACCCCAAAACUGCUGACGGGCCUUGUUGCUCCCAAGUCCCAACUAGUUGCUCAUCCCUAGGCGCCAGCCUAUUAGCAAACGGAUCAACAUCAACAAGGAACAGUUGCUUGCCAAGUCAACCCAUACCUACUUUAGCUGAAUGUCUUGUGGGCCUCUGUUUGCAAUCGUACUAGCGAAGUGGGCCGUCCUCUUGCAUAUAGACAAUAUGGCCUUUGAUGCAGGCCCAAGAUUUCUGGCACUUAUUCACUAAUUUGACUCGGCAGUUGGCAGUUUGGCACUAAGAUAUCCACGCCUGACGCCACAGUGCAAAGUAUGGUCCAAAUAAUCGUAACCGUCCAUCCCAAAUGGGACGACAAAGCUUCGCCCAAUGCCGUCAACCCUGAUCGGGAUCCGCGACGAUACCGUCGACGAUCUAUACUCUCCGGCGAAGCAAAAGCUUGCCAAUCGAGGUAACUACACUAGCCGAUCGGUCCUCUUCCUCCGGCGAGCUCCGCAGCUUCUCGCCGCAAUCAGAUUCAAGCUGCUCCUCGCCUUUUCGCUGCUAUGCCUCGCGAUUUUCCUGACCUCGAGGCUCAGCUCCUUCAUGGGCUGGAUCCCCGACGAGCCUUCCCUCGUAUCGUCCCCGUCUCGGGGAGCCUACACCGUGCUGAUCAACACCUGGAGGCGCAAUUCGCCGCUGAAGAGAACAGCCGCUCAUUACUCUUCCUGCGCUGGGGCGGACGCGAUCAAUGUCGUGCGGAGCGAGAUUGAACCGCCGUCGGAGAGGUUGAGAUCGGAUCUCGACAGGCUCGUGGAGAGCUGAUAUCCGGGUGGAGAUUGAGGAGAACGGCGGCGGUGGUGGGGGGAGCGGCAGGUUUAAGCCGAUUGAUGGAGUUAGAACGGACGCGAUUUUCUCUGUGGACGAUGACGUGAUUGUGCCGUGUUCGUCUCUGGAGUUCGCUUUCUCGUUGUGGAAGACUGCUCCCCUGACCAUGGUUGGAUUUGUUCCGCGCAUGCAUUGGCUGGAUUUAGACCUUCUGGUGAGUGAUUAACUGAUUCUCAGUACCUUUGAAAGCUAUGGAAUUGUAAGAAUCCACCAUUGAUCGAGUUAUGCAGUAGAAUUGAAUCAGUUACAAGUAGUUAAAAGUGCUUUAGCAUUAUGGUUAGGAGAAUGGGGCUUAACGAGAUAAGCUAUUAGGGUUUGUUCAUUGUAGGAUCAAGGAACUAGAAAUGUUAAUGGGUAGUUUUUGCUUGAUUGCAUCUUUUCGGUUUUCAUCUGAUCUUGAGCUAUUCUCAAAUGAACUCUGCCAUUGCAAUUGCAGAAGAGUGGUGGUGUGUAUCAUAGAUAUGGAGGAUGGCUGUCAGUUUGGUGGAUGGGAAGCUACAGUAUGGUUCUGUCCAAGGCUGCAUUCUUUCAUAAGAAGUACUUGGAUUUGUAUACUAACGAAAUGCCUUCACAGAUGCAGAUUAUCUAGCGGAACGCUCCCCUACCGAUGCAUUUUUACAUCCCACAGCUUCGGCAGAUCGCUUAGCUAGAGAAAGGCAAGCGCUCAUCAGCCAUCACUUAAUCCAUUCUCAUUUAUUUCUUCCUCAAAUUGUUAUCUCCCACAGGAAUUGUGAAGAUAUUGCAAUGUCUAUGGUCGUGGCCAACGCUUCUGGUACUCCUCCACUUUGGGUCAAAGGUAAAAGUUUCUCUCACUAUUUCCCUGUAACUACAUCACUGUCAAUGUCUCCCUACUGCUCUCUACUGAUGUGGAACCCAUUGCACCUAGUUUGAUUUCUAAGUUCAUACACGAUUUCAUGUGAACACUGGAAUUUUGUGAUGGAGAGUAAUGGGGAAGUUAAAGGGUAAUUGAGUUGGAGGGAUUGAUAGUUGAUACUAAAGGAAGGAGUCAUAUACAUUUGGUGUAUGGUUCAAAGGGUUGCUAUAUUAAUUCUCUAGGUAGUUGGUGAGCACUUGGAUUGGCUGCUGUGACAGGAACAAAGAAGUCAUUAUAGAUGUUCCUGUCCCUGUGUCGGAAGUACAUAGGUUCAAAAGGCUAAGAAGGGCUACAACGAAGCCAUAGAAAGAUGGUAGAAUCAGAUUGCAGAUACUAUAGGGCAUCUCACAUUUAAGGCCUUUGCAUAGAAAGUCCAAUUUGUGCAUUGAAUGAAGGCCUUACCUAAAAGUCGUUUCCUUGUGAUAUUCAAGUCUAAGAGGACAGCUGAGUCAAUCUUGAACGCACGGGUCACUGCAAUAGGUGGUUUGCAGUUUCCCACGUUCUGGAAUUGCUUCCGGUCAAUGCUGUGCAGUCGAGUUUUCCACUCUUGUGAAAUCAUUUAUAUGGUAGAACUCUGGAGGGGAGAGAGUGGAAAGGGAGUCUAUUAACAACCACAGUAACUAAACUUUUGAGGCAAUAACGAAUCGGCCACUUCGUUCAUCACCAUCAAGUCUCUGUCUAAUGUGAUGAAUUGUGGAAAAACUGCAAACAAUUUCAGGAAAGAUACGGGAGAUCGGUUCGUGGGGGACGAGUAACGGGAAAGGGAAAGAGAAGAGAAACGAAUGCGUGAACGAGUUGCUAUCGUUCUACGAGACUGUGCCUCUCCUCUCCUCAAAUGUGAAGGUCGUGAAUGCCAGACAAGAAUGGUUCUGGUAGUUGUUGUUGCCCAAUUGGCCGCGUGCUUUCCAUAUCAAGUGAACCAGAGCAGACACAAAAGCAAAACGUGAAGUCUCUGCUUCACUGCACCUUCCAGUUCCAGUUAAAAGCUUUGAAUGCCCCCCAUCUCCAUCUCCAUUGCCAAUUGCUUGGUUCAGAAGACUCGCGUUAUCUGCAUUUCCCUGGAUCGAAAAGGAAACUGAUGUAUUCUGUAGCGUGUGUGAUUUUAGAUACUGACGCUUUUAGCAUGUGGAACAUGAUGACAAGACGAAAAGGAACCAAGCUAGUUUCUAGAUAAAAUACUAAAUGGGGGUAUUUACCGUAUACGUUUUCUGUGUGUUUCAACUAGUGGAAAACUGGAAAUGGUGGGUUUCGUCAAAUUCCAUACACCCGUAUCCAACUAAGAAACAAUCUCUUAAUAGGGAUGGUUUAUAAAAGAUUAUUAUAUUC